CCUGAAAUAUAAUAUUUUGUGUGUGCAUGAAACCAAGCCAUCAGAAAGGAAAGCAUAGAAGCCAGCAAGUUCCUGUCUUGCUCUAAUCAAGAGCCGCGAAUGGGAACCGGAAGUGAAGAGUUGUUCCUCGUCUUCUUUGAUGAGGAGCUGAUCGGUGGCCGAAAGAGGGGCUAAGGAGGCGAGCAAACCGAGAGGCAUAUGAAGCCCUGGUCAACUGUGGAUGGCUGUUCCUGCUGGGACUUGGCUUACCGGCAUCCAUGAAGGCCUCGGCCGAGCUGGGCAUCGCCGCCCUCCAGUUCCAGCGUCGGGCGAGAGGCCCCAGGGUCAAGGCCAAAGCCUCCUUUGUGGACGAGACCCUCUUUGGCAGCUCUGCGGGGCGGCAGGUCCCAGCUGCGGAGUUUGAUCCUCCCUGGGCGGAGAGCAAAGCCCCUUCCCCAAGACCCUUACUGUGGAGCCCAGAGGUGGGUGCCAGCCCCGCCAAGGGACCUCCGUCUGCUGGUACCCCAAGAAAGAGAAAUAAAUACAGGCUGAAAAGUCACACUCCAUCCUAUUGUGAUGAGACCCUCUUUGGGCCCAAACCUGGGGAGCAGGAAUGGGCCGCCCCUUGGAUGUCCGGCAGCGAUGUGGCCAAGCUUCGCCCAUUACUUUUGACACCACCUUCCGCCUUGAGAGACCGACUUGUCCUUUCCCCUCGCCCAAAGGAGACACCACUGAGAGCUGUCCACCAGGAAAAGGGGAAAGAAGGGGCCGGAGCCCUGCGCAGACAGGAAGAUGCUUUCCGAAGACCCCAAGAGAGUAGCUCGGACAGGACCAACCAGGACGACUUGAGGAGAAGACGCUCUUGUUCCCUUACCCGACUGUGUAGUGCUUCGCAUCGGGCUCCGUCUCUAGUGAAUAACCCAAGGACAAGUACACAGCAGGAUCAACCCCUUCCAGUCACCUCUGUGGGGUCUUUCACAAGACCAUGUUCACAGGGAUUCUCAGUGUCUACCAAGGCAACACGGUCAACCAGCUCCUGUAAACCCAAACCUCCUUGGAAAUAAAAUGGCUAGUGAAAUGGCCACCCAAUGCUGGGGGUCUCUAUGGAGUAGAUGUGCUAGAUGUCAUUCCCAUUUGUUCCCAUUUGCAGAUUUUGCCUUCUUUCCUUGGUGCACAUGAUGUGGGGUAUAUAGAGGUGUGUUUAUAUUGUGCAAUUAUAGCAGUUUGAUACCAUUUUAGCUACCCUGGCCCUAUUCCAUCAUUGAAUAAUAUUAUCAAUUGUCUUCCCGCCACAAGAAGAGGUAUUAGAUGUACAUGUGUGCCUUCAACUCAUCUAUAGACUUAUUGUGACCCAAUCUUACACAAGGAAUCCUCAAGAGGUGGUUUUGCCUCUUCCUUCCUGUGAAGCAUGGCCUACAACACUUAGGAUUCAUUGAUGGCUUCCCAACCAAGUCGUAACCAUGACUGAGCCUGCUUUGCUUCAAAAUCAGAUGGCAUCUGAUGCCUUUAGGAUUUUUCCAAUGUUAUCUUGAGAAGAAGCGGGUGAGAAAUAAUAAUAAUCUAAAUGUACUAAAAUGUAUAUAAAUAAAAAUGUAAUGUUAAUUUGUGGGAAUAAAAUAACUCAAAAACCA